AUGGCAGACAAGGACAGUGUAGAGAAGUUUCUGGACAACAACCCCCAGGUGGCCAAGGAAUAUUUCGAGAAGAAGCUGAAGGCGGAGGUGAUCAGCGCUGCGUUUUCGGAGAAAUUCGAGAUCAAAGACACGGCUUCAUUUAAGGAUGCCACUCAGAUCCAGGAGGCCGCGCUCAUUUUUGAAUUGGUCAAGGAAAUGCAGGGUUCUGAUCCCAUGGAGAAGGCUCUGCACAAGGUGCUCCAGAGAAUUGCCAUCUUGAUCAAGGCAGACAGAUGCAGCUACUUCAGCUGCCGUGCCAGGAACGGCACUCCGGAGCUGGCUACCCUUCUCUUUGACGUGACCCCAACUUCGCAGUUUGAGAAGAACCUGGUGAACCCAGACGCCGAGAUAGUCUUUCCUUAUGAUAUGGGCAUCGUUGGAAUCACAGCACAAUCUAAGAAGCUCCAGAAUGUUGCAGAUGUGAAACAGAACCCUCGCUUCAGCGAUUUUGUGGAUAAAACAACAGGCUAUACCACAAAGAGCCUGCUCAGCAUCCCCAUUGUCAGCGGCAAGGACACCAUCGGCGUGGUCAUGGCUCUGAAUAAACAGGGAGAAAGUGAAUUCUCCAAAGCUGAUGAGGAGCUUUUUAUGAAAUAUGUCAACUUUGCCAGCAUGAUAGUGAUGCAUGCACACACUGCUUACAUGCAUAAUGUGGAGUCCAGGAGGAGUCAGGUGCUGCUGUGGUCGGCCAGUAAAGUGUUUGAAGAGCUGACGGACAUUGAGAGACAGUUUCAUAAAGCCCUGUAUACAGUUAGGACCUAUCUUAACUGUGAAAGAUACUCGGUGGCUCUCCUGGACAUGACGAAGGAGAAGGAAUUCUUUGAUGAAUGGCCUAUUAAACUAGGGGAGCAGGAGCCAUACAAGGGCCCAAAGACACCAGAUGGAAGAGAAGUGAACUUUUACAAACUCAUCGAUUAUCUUCUGGAAGAUAAAGAGGAAAUUAAGGUCAUCCCUACACCACCUGCAGAUCACUGGGCCCUGGUAAGCGGCCUGCCCACAUACGUGGCUGAGAAUGGCUUUAUUUGUAACAUGAUGAAUGCGCCUGCUGAUGAAUACUUCAACUUCCAGAAAGAUGAAGUUGAUGAAACAGGAUGGAAAAUUAAGAACGUCUUAUCGCUACCGAUUGUAAACAAAAAGGAGGAAAUUGUUGGCGUGGCAACGUUUUUCAACAGAAAGGAUGGCAAACCAUUUGAAGAAAAUGAUGAACAGAUCACUGAAGCUCUGACCCAGUUUCUGGGCUGGUCCACACUGAACUGUGAUACCUAUGACAGACUGAACAGGAUGGAAUACAGAAAGGACAUUGCCCAGGAGAUGCUGAUGUACCAGACCAAGGCCACGCCCGCACAGGUUCAAUCCAUUCUGAACACCCAGGAGAAGUUGGACAAAACUCCAGAGGACUGCGAUCAGAAGGAGAUGUAUAAGCUUUUGAGAGGGAACAUUCCAGAAUGUAAAGAUGUGGACUUGCUGGAAUUUCACUUCAGUGACUUUCCUUUGGAAGAGUUUGAUCUUAUCAAGUGUGGCAUCCGAUGUUUCUUUGAGCUCAAUGUUGUGGAGAAAUUUAAAGUACCAGCAGAGGUGUUGACCAGGUGGAUGUAUACAGUCCAAAAAGGUUACCGUGACAUCACCUACCACAACUGGAGGCACGGUUUUAACGUUGGACAGACAAUGAUCUCCCUUUUACUUACUGGCAAAUUGAAGAAGUACUACUCUGAUCUGGAGGCUUUUGCCAUGGUGGCAGCUGGCUUUUGUCACGACAUUGAUCACAGAGGAACAAACAAUUUGUACCAAACCAAGAGUGCAUCUCCUCUAGCCAAACUUCAUGCAACUUCUGUUAUGGAGAGACAUCAUCUUGAAUACAGCAAGGCUUUAAUGGGGGAAGAGUCCUUGAACAUCUUCCAGAACCUUCAGAAGCGUCAGUUUGAGACUGUCCAGCACCUCUUUGACGUCUGCAUCAUCGCCACCGACCUGGCUCUGUACUUCAAGAAAAGAACAAUGUUUCAGAAGAUUGUUGAUGCCACAGAGCAGAUGACUGAAGAACAGGAGAGGGUCAACUUCAUCUCAAACAACCCCACCAGGAAGGAGAUUAUCAUGGCAAUGAUGAUGACAGCCUGUGACCUGUCAGCUAUCACAAAGCCAUGGGAGGUCCAGAGCAAGGUUGCCCUGAUGGUGGCUGCUGAGUUCUGGGAGCAAGGAGACCUGGAGAGGACUGUGUUGGAGCAGCAGCCUAUUCCCAUGAUGGACAGGAACAAAGCAGAUGAGCUUCCCAAGAUGCAGUGCGGUUUCAUUGAUUUUGUUUGCACCUUUGUGUACAAGGAAUUUGGAAGGUUCCAUAAAGAAAUCAUGCCAAUGUUCAACGGCAUGACAAUCAACAGAGGAGAGUGGAAGGCCCUGGCAGAUGUCCAUGAAGCUAAAAUGAAGGCGCUGGAGGAAGAGCAAAAGAAACUGGAGGGGACCCAAGGUGAAAAGGAAGAGGGUGGAUCCAAAUCCAAAACUUGCACCAUAUUUUAG